AUGUAUCCGUUCCAUUCCAAUUCGGCCGACGCAAAGUCAUCCCUACUUGAACAACGUAUUGUUUUACGCUUUUACUCUUUUGACAAUAAAACUAGACACAUAAUCUUAAUCUUUCCAAUAUCCACGUAUAUACUUCUCUUUUUCCUGAUUAUAUCUCAUCUGAAGCAAGUUGCCAAAUCAAAGGAAAAUGUAUUUUAUUUUAUAAUUAUUAUAUGAUACCACCAUCUAAUAAAUACUAGUACUAGUUGAAAGGGCCAUAAACUACUCUGAUCUAUUUCUGAACUCUUUAGUUUCCCUAUAUAAAACCCUCUUCUCAUGCAUCGACUCUUACUUUAUAUUAUAUCUGCUUCUUCUAUUUCUUUCUGCUGAAUUGCUGCCACCCUUUCUGUUUCACAGGAGUUGAAACAAAAUAAAAUGGAAGAAACUGCUUUCUUCUCUAUAUAGAUUUUGGCAGAGAAAGAUAAUAUAUAAUACUUUUUUUUCUUUCUUUAUUUAUUUAUUAAAAGUAUUGUAAUCUAUAAUGCCAGUUCCACUUGCUCCUUAUCCAACACCACCGGCUCCACAUACUCCUCCAUCCGCAAAUGGUCAACAGAGCCAACUUGUGUGUUCUGGCUGUAGAAACCUUUUGCUCUAUCCGGUUGGAGCCUCCUCUGUUUGCUGUGCUGUUUGCAAUGCAGUCACCGCCGUGCCGCCUCCCGGAACGGAAAUGGCCCAGUUAAUCUGUGGAGGCUGCCAUACAUUACUAAUGUACAUCCGUGGCGCAACAAGUGUCCAAUGCUCAUGCUGUCACACUGUGAAUCUAGCCAUGGAAGCAAAUCAGGUGGCACAUGUCAAUUGUGGCAGCUGCAGGAUGCUACUGAUGUACCAAUAUGGAGCAACAUCUGUUAAAUGUGCAGUUUGCAAUUUUGUAACUUCAAUUGGGGUCAGUUCAAAUUAUGCAUCAACAAGCAUCACAGAGCAGAAGUUCAGCAACUAAAUCAAACUAUAUAUAGAGCAAAGUUAAAUGAUACAGAGACUCUACUAUCUUGGUUUUGCUAGUUACAUGUUGUUGGCCAUAAGAAUAAAGACUUUGUAAAGAGUACCAUAUUAUGAGAGAGGGAACUCUCCACAUUUUAUAGAGUUACUUUUCUCUGCGUGAUUUAUUUUUUUGUUUGUUUGGGGGGGUGGUUGUUUUGAUUUAGAUUGGGUGUGUAAAUAACUAUUAUGCUAAGAUUUUAAGUAUGUGUGCUUUUUCAAUAUUAAAUAGAGGUGAAUUCUAUCCAA